CUGCCUGCGAGUCUAGUGGCGCCUCCGCCCAAGGCGGCCCAGUUGAGAGCGGACCCCUCCUCGGUGCCCUUUCGUCUAAAUAUACCCGGCAGUCGCCACGUCGCCGGGCGGCGUUACGCGUCGCACGCUCGCGGUGGAGCCCCUCAAGAGCGCCGGUGUGAUGGCGGCCAGGGAGUCCUGGUGACGGGGACCGCGAGAACCUGCAGGUGGACGAGAAAGCCAUGGCCACGCUGUGCGCGCUGUGCGGGGCCGCGGCUCCCACGGUGUGCGCCAACUGCGGCACGGCGGCGUACUGCAGCAAGGAGCACCAGAGGCAGCACUGGCCCGAGCACCGGCCGGGCUGCUUCCCGUGUACGCUGCAGCGCAACGAACAGCUGGGCAGGUUCCUCUCCACGAGCCGCGCGGUGGCGACCGGCACGCUGCUCGUCAAGGAGUGGCCCCUGGUGGCGGGGCCCUGCGCCGGGGCCCGGCCGCUGUGUCUGGGGUGCCACUGCCCCCUGCAGUCCCUGCAGGGCCCACGGCCGGGUGGCUACCGGUGCACCGGCUGCGGGGCGGCCGUCUGCGACGCCGAGUGCGAGAAGCUGGCCGCACACAGCGAGUGGGAGUGCCGGGUGCUCGGCGCGGCAGGCGCACUGCUGGACGGCCGGCCCGAGCUCGUCCUGCCGCUGCGGUGCCUGAUCGGGGUGCGCUCCGGGACGGCCGCCUGGAAGUCCUUCCUGGACCUGGAGGCCCACCUGGACAAGCGGCGCUCCCGGCCCGUCUGGGAGGAGCGCCAGAAGGGCGUCGUGGAGGUGCUGCGCGCCGCGGGACUGCUGGCGGCGGACGGCUCCGAGGAUGAGCUCCUGCAGCGGGUCUGCGCCAUCCUGGACGUCAACAGCUUCGAGGUCCGCGGGCCGGCACAGGGCUUGGCGGGCCAGCAGGCAGGCGAACAGCUCCGCGCCGUGUUCUUGCGCGCCGCCAUGAUGUCCCACAGCUGCGUGCCCAACGUGCAGCUGGCCGUCGACGACCAGCUGCAGCUGACGGUGCGCGCCACCUGCGAGAUGCCGCGCGCCUCCGCCCUCAAGUACAACUACUGCGAGCUGCUGGAGACGACGGUCCGUCGCCAGGAGCACCUCCGCGAGGGCAAGUACUUCGAGUGCUCGUGCGAGCGCUGCGCCGACCCCACCGAGUGCGGCACGCACCUCAGCUCCCUGUGGUGCCCGCACUGCCAAGCGGGCCUCGUGUCCCCGGUGUCCGCGGCGUCCCCGCCCCGAGCAGAGUCCAGGACGCCGACGGCGCCGCGCUCCAGGAAGCGGCCCGCCGCGCACGCCCUGCAGCGCAUGCAGCAGCUCUGCCAGGAGAUCGUCGACGUGCUGGAGCGCCUGCUGCCGGGCCGGGUGUCGCGUCUCAAAGGCAUCGCGCUGCACGAGAUGCACGUCGCAGUGGCCCUGGGCGGCGCCCUGGGCGGCCACGACGGCGAGGCCCACCACCUGCAGCGGGCUCGGGACCUGCUGCAGGCCAGCCUGCACCACCUGCAGCACGAGCCCAGGGAGUCCCCCGAAGGCCGCCUGCACCUCCUCGCCCUGCAGGAGCUCGACGCCGUGGAGGACAGCAUCCGGCAGGACAUGGUGGCGCAGCUGGACCCGCACAAGUCCGGGGGCGCGCAAGCCACGCCCGGCAAGGCGCGGCCGGCGCGUCGCGGGAAGAGGAGGCAGUGACACUGUACCAA